GUACAUUUUCUGCCUCCGUCGAUCUGGCAACGCCGCGUACAAACACACCCAGGUACUGGUUCCGACUGGCCGUGUGUGUGUCUGCCCGCGCGUCUGUGUUAGUGCGGAGAGUGCACAGAGCUGUCCGCCAUCUUGUCAGCCCGUGUUCUCUCAGCCCGACUGCAUCGAAAAAUUACAAAUUUAAUCGUUAAACGCGUUUUAUGCCCAAUUAAAACACCAGAAAGUGCUGCAGUACACAUUUGCCCACAGCCAGGAUAUCGUCUUGAGUCAAGUAACAGGAGAUAACAACACAACAAGAGAGCAACAAAGGCAGCAGCAGAAGGAGAAGAGCCGACAGAAAGGAAAACAAAAGCGGCAACGGCAACGGCUUCACAUUGGACAUGUCAUGUCAGCAAGCCUCCAGAUUCCAUUCAGCCACCGCAACAGCCACAUUAGCCAAGAGCACAGCCACCAGAAGGUUAGCCACAGUAGCAGCAGCCGCAACAGCGAUAACCGCAGCAACAGCAGCAGCAGCGCUGACGCCGGUGGAGAGCCUCAUUGCCGGCAAGACGACGUCCGAGGACUCGGAUCCCUAUGCAUUCACAGAGACUGUGGCCGUCGCACCGCCCAUUUUAUUCAAUGCACAGAAAUCGAGAGCCCGCCUAAGCGACACGAAUAGAGGCAGCAACAAGAGGCAGACGGCAGCAACAGCUGCGGCCAGCAGGAAGGCGAAUUUGGUGGCACAACUGAAUGCCACCGCAGCGGCAAAGGCGCAGGCGUCUUUGACGAAUACCACAACGAAUUUCCAUCAUGUCACGCAAUCUCAGAGACAGUCGCCGGCGUUGCAGUUGCAGCUGCCGCUGCAAUCACAGUCGCAGUCGCAGGCCUCGCCGAAGCGAGCCACCAACGUGUGCAUAGUCCGCCCGCAGCAGCAGCAGCUGGAGAAGAUAGCCACCUCGGAGUCCUGCCAGCCGCCGGCGGCACCGCCUCCGCUUUACGCCCACACUCCAUCUCUGUGGCAGACGCCGCUGCUGCUUGACAACGGGCAAAAGCAACCGCAGCAGCAGCAACAGCAGACGCAGAAGAAACAUGUCCAGCAUCAGCAGCAGCACCUACUGCAACAUCUCCCGCAGCAUCAACAGCAGCUGCUCCUGCAGCAACACCAACAGCUGCUUCAGCAGCAACAGCAACAACAGCAACAGCAGCAGCAGCAAACCGUUGCCAUUGCGUUGGUCAGUCCGCCCACAUCGCCCGCCUCACUACCUUCACCCACUCUGCCGCCAGCCACAGCUGCAGUGACCGCCAUGGUGGCUCCGAUCUCCGUGUCGCCCAAGGGUGGAUUACCCUUGCCACCAUCGAAAUUCCACCACACCACACUGGCGCAACACUUGCAGAAGGUGGAGUGCUUGAAGAAGAAGAAGUCCUUGCCACUGUCCUGCCAAAACAACAACAAUAGCAAGUUGCAAAACAACAACAAUGUGGUGGAGUCGCUUAACAAACAACUGGCGGUGCAGGGAGCGAGCUACAAUCAGUCUCAGCCGCCACCGCUGAUGGUUUUCAACACGGGAACAGUUGCAGUUCCCGCGCAGACGCCACAGAUUGCUGCUUCACCGAAACAUUCCACCGGCAACAGCGUGGAUGACAGCGAUCUCAACGAGAUACCCGUCAAUGUUAUCUUCCGAACGCCGCCAGCGGCAGGAGGAGCGGUGGGAGCACCGCCGAAUGGAACUGGACGGGGAGCGGGAGUGAAAUUGGUGACCCCUCUAACGCCGCCCACACCACCAGAGAUCAGCACACCGCCUUUGCUCGCGCAAAUGCAACCGCAGAUGCCCACAUCUUGUGUUCCAGCUUUGGCGCCCAGCUUUAAAGUGAUGCCACCAGCAGUUCUCAGCACGAAGGUGGUACCUGCACCACCAGCAGCUCCUCCGAGCUCAAAGCUCUCGGUUGCGUCAGCACCUGCUGUUCCAGCAGCCACCACAACCUCAUCAGCACCCGCAUUAGCCAAGAAAACUGAACAAAUGUCUUCCAAAGUGGCCAACAUAAACGCCGCCAACCGUCAAGCGCCAAUUGCUGCAAAGGGCGGCCGAAAGGGCAUCACUAACAAUAGAAACAGCAAUGUAGGAGCAAAGAAAACGCCAACGUCAACUUCGAUGCCGCCUCCACAGGAGCCGAUUGCAUUGUCCGCGGAUACCGCUCAUCGUCAGCGACGCCGCAAGCCCGCCUCCAAACGCAACUUGGCAACUCUGAGUGAGAAUGAAACCUUUUCCGCCGACUCGCCCUAUUGCCUGCAACAGCACUGGCUGCACUGUGGACCCAAGGAUCAGACGCAUGAGUCACCGCUAUCGCAGAGCAACCGGCGUGAGGAGCGGAUUGCGGUGCGUAAAGGAGUCUUGAGGCGCCAGGCGCUGCAGUUGCUGUCCACCAGGUCGUUGCAAGAGCUACCCAUGCGAGCGGCCAAACAGCGGUUGCAGUGCGUCCAAAACAUGCUGAUCAAGUAUCAGGAUCACGCGGGCCAACAGCAGGGAAUUGGCAUUGGCAACCGCUGUCUGGUGGACAACUGCAAGCAGCCCACGUUGAGCAUGGCGGCGCACUGUGAACGCCACAUUGUGAACAACAGCACCCAGCAGCUUUUCCAGCCCUGCGUCGCCUGGCGAAUGGAUGGAACCGCCUGCCAGGCGCCUGUCUUCGAUGUGCUGCACACCCUGGCCCUUUGCAAGGUGCACAGCCACCUGCGUUCCGGCACGGAUGCAGCCCGUCCAGCACCGAAACCGGUGGCUUUACCCGUUGCCGGACUCAACACGCUUUGUGUGCCCGUGAAGCAGCAGCGUAAGCGCAAGGCAAACACAAAUCCCGUGGCUCGUCCGCAGAAACGCGGUAGAAAGCCGGCGAACGAAUCAACUGUGUACCAGAUCAGCAGGCAGCAGAUAAACACACUGCCGCUGAUUCCUUCGGCGGGCAUGCAGCGCAAGAGCAGCACCACCUCGCUUGAGUCCAUUGCCAGCAACUCGCACUCGUCGGCCACCUCGCACUCUCAGCCGCCCUAUACGCCCGCAAAUGUGUCGGUGGCGGUUCCUGCAGCACAGAACUUGCCCCAGAUAUCCAUUCCACCGGCGCUGGCUCCACUCAGCGGUGAUUUUCAGCCGAAGCAGCAGCUACAGCAGCAGCAGCAUGAACCGCUGGUGGUGCCCAAAUUGGAGGUAGAUUCGCUGUUUAAAUUCGAGGCCGAUCAACAGCAGCAGCAGCAACCAGCUCUCCUUUCGCUGGACAAUGCCAAUAUCAAGGCCGAGGAGAUUAGCCAAAUUGUGGCCCAAUUGGCAGCGGCCGGUGGUGAUUUGCCCCACCACAAUAACAAUAACAACAGUAGCAACCAUAAUAACAAUAGUGUGCACUUCAACAACAACAAUAAUUUGAACUAUAGCAACAAUAACAAUAACCAGCACAGUUUCCCCUCGUUCAAUACGGCCUUCGGCAAUGCAAUGGGCCAGCCAACUAACACAAUCACGCACAAUGGCCAUGCUGCUCCCACUAUUUUGGCCAAUACAGCCGAUUUGCUUGGCCAGGAUAUGUUCGGCAUUUGCGAGAAUAGUUCUGCAUACGCCAGCUCGGAAGACACCGGUCUUGGUGGACUGAGCGAGUCGGAGCUGAUCGGCGCUAACGAUGCUGAUGACAUAGCAUUGAACGGUGCCCACUUGCUGGAGGAGCACGAUCUGGUAAAUGUGUUCGACACGCUGCCGGACGAUGCCUUCAACGAGCUCUUCCAAUCCGUGCAACAAGCCGAGUGCGAGGCCAUGGACCGGGCUUUGGAGAUCGCCGAUAAGAACCUCAAGUGUCUGCAGCAGACGAUCGGCGGCUCGGCGGACAGCGCCUUUCUUAACGAUUUCCUGGACGUUGGCGACGAUCUGCUGGCCGAUGCUGUGAUGCACUCACCGAACACGUCCGGCAUAGAUGCCGCCACUCUGUUCGUGGAUAGCAGCAGCGGCGGCGGCAAUAGCAGCAGCAACGGCGCCUCCGAUAUCCGUGGCUUGGUGCAGACCUAAUUCCGGCAUCAGGUCGGAUUUAGGGCCUACAGAGUUCACUGAAUUUUCAACGGAGAGAGAGAGAUUUUCCAAGCUUAAUUUCCCUUCACACUUUCGGGCAGCUUUCGCUAAGAUUUUCGGUAUUUUCCUUUUGGCAAUUCUGGUUCCGCACAAUCUUCUAUAUGCUGCUUAAAAGUUAUAUGCAUAAUCCAGCAAAUAUGCAUUAAUUAAAUAACAUUCAAAAAUCAUAUAGUUAUGCGUUAAUGUGAAAAACUUACAAAAAAAAAAUUACAAAAAUUAAAAAACUUCGAAAAAAUGUCCAAAAAUAUUUAAUUCAAUUUAAAGAACAACAAUAAGAAUGAAAUGUAUAUGUAAUCGUACACAGAAGCAUAAUUAUGUAAAUUCGCGGGAAGCUGUAGCAUUACAUAACUCUUAAAGUAACCUAAUUUGUUAGUGAACCGAACAACAAAGGAUUGUAGAGAGCAGCUUUAUUAUACAUAUAAAUGAAAAAUUAUAGAAAGAUACCGGAGCAAACAGAUAAAA